CUUUAUUAGGUUAACUUUAUUCUACUUCCAAAAUAGUUCUUCACAUAAAGACUCAUCAUUAGUUGUAUUAACAGUUUAAACCAAAAGAGAAAGCCAUGACCUUUAAAAUAAUGCAGAUGCAUCUCAUACGUAUAUUAAUGCCUUAUAUAUGACUUAUGUAAGUUUUAAGCUUUGUAAUUAUAGAUAAUUGCUUUAAUGAGAUUUUCCAUAAUUGUAACGUAUCUAAUACCAAUUAUUAGAUGAUUUAAAAACCCUCUGGAGAAAAGUCUUAGACAUCUCAGUGAGGACUGCACCUCUCAUUUUCCAUGCAUUGGGUUUAAAUUUGUGCCCUCUGCGCCUAAUUUGUUGUUUUCUUUAAUUGCUGUUGUUGCAUGACACUUGUCCUUUUUGGUCAUUUGAUAUCCUGAUGGAGAUUGGUUGCUUAGUUAUGACCUCUCUGGAGGUUGUUGUUAGAAAGAUCUUGGAGUUAAAGAGUGGAUAAAUUCCAUUCUGGACUGGCAUGCUGAUUGAUCUGCCUCUUCAUAGCUUGUAUGCAGUCAUAUUGUGCUGUAGAAGAAAACCAAUUUGACCAACUAGCUGACAGUCUUGUUGCCACUUUCUUUCAUUAUUUCUGAUAUUCCAAUACUUUUAUUACAGAAAUUGCACUUUAAAAAGGUUUCUCUGCAGGUGGAAUGCCUUCACUUCCUCAGGUUGCUCAACAAACCAACCAGGAACAAAAACAACAGCAAUAUGGACCAAACUUGUCAAGUUUGCAUUGUUCCCUGCCAGCAGACUGUGAUAAGAAGCAUGGGAUUUUGGCCCCAACUCCAGUUCUCAUACAACAGGAAGAUGAAAUUCUGCAGCGAAUAUCAGCACUGAGGAGAGAAGUUUUAUGGUCUCUGAAAUGUCUGCCCAAACUCCAAGAGGCCCCAAGGCACAAAUCACAUCAUGAUUAUCUUCUGGAAGAAAUGCAGUGGAUGGCCACUGACUUUGUUCAAGAGAGAAGAUGGAAGAUGCUGAUUUUAAGUGUGGCCUGUCAUCACGAGCAUAUGAUACUUCUUAAGGAAACAUACAAGAGAAGAGAAGUGAAGCAACUAAGAGCUGUUGCUGCUUUUACUGCUAGAGAAAUGGAACAUUUCUGGUCCACCAUUAAACAGGUGGUAGAUUUAAAACGGCAAGCAGAAUUAGAAGAGAGGAGGAAUAAAGUACUAAAUUCACAGCACAUCUCAAGAAAAGGUAACUGGGGUCCUAUUCUUGUCAUUUCACAAAACUGUCAUGUCCUGAAGUGGGCAACUGAACUGGAACGGUGGUGUCCUGCUUUGAAAACUCUUCUGUACCUCGGGAACCCAGGAGAACUUUUUAAAAGCAGACAGGCAAUGCAGUCGUUUAUUCUGAGGAGGACCAAAACACAGGUUGAGAAGCAGCUGCCGAGGAAAUACGAGCAUGUGCUUCCAUGUGCUCUUUCUGAUUGGCAGAAGUCAAUGUACCAAGGCAUCUUGUCUCAACCAAGAACUCAAGAAUGUCUCAGAAGUGGGCACUUUGCCUUUGUCCUCCCUGUUCUGACACAGCUGCUGAGGGUGUGUAAUCAUCCUGACCUGAUAAGCCCCUGGCUUCCCUCUUCUUCCUGUGUAUUAGACCCACUGGAGUUUACAACUGCUUCUUUAGUGCUGAGUACAUUAGGAUGGGAUCUUUGGAAGCAUGCAGACUGGUCUCUUUUUGAUGUGAUUGGGCUGGAAAUCAAAAUUACUUCCUAUGAAACACAAAUACUGCCAAAACUGAAGGUGACUGGGAAGCUUAUUGAAGACAUCUACUGUUCUCCUUCAUCACCCAGGCUUGAGCCAGUGAAGCUCAAAGCAAAUAGGUUAUUUACACCAGUACUGUAUGGACAGAAGCCUGAAGGUAGGACUAGAGAUUUCUCAAGGCAUCAGCUGCAGCAGACAGUGGACACAGUACCAGUUAUGGCACAUCAUCCUGAGAAGACACAAAGACAACAACAGGUUGCCAUGUUUUCAGAAGAUCAGCAUAGGAAAGAUACCUGUGUGUAUUGCCAGCUGUAGCUGUUGCUCCUCCUCGUUUGUAUGUAGUAAAUCCUCCUCACACAUACACCCAGAAAAUGAAGGUCUUCAAGUUUAACCUAAAGGAACAGAUACUUCCCUACUUCCACUCAAUACAGCAGAUAGUGAGGACUGCUUUAGUGCAGUUUCCAGACCCUCAACUGCUGCAGCACAA